GUGGGAUUGAGAGUCUUGGUUUUAUAAUACCAUAAAAGAAUAAGUCCAUAUAGGAAACACGGUUGGCUUUGGAUAAGGUAAAUGGAAUAAAUCAUGGCUGCAAUUCUAGACAUUUUUCAUUUUAUUAAUGACAAAAAAGACAAGAAUUCACUCUGGUGUGACCCAUAUUUGCGCUGCGUAAAUCCGGAGAAUCUGAGCGGAAUCUGUUCCAAACGAUUUUUUAAUGCAAAAAAAACCCUUUGUUUUUAUCAAAUUGGCUAAAUAAUCCAGAUGCGCCGUGACGUGCGCGUGCGCUUGUGUUUGGAUCUGCAGACUGACUUGAUGCAACAGCUUGUUUUGGAGGCGGCACAGCCUCGACAAACAGACUGCGCGCUUUUCUUUCCCUGCCUGAAGUAAAUUGGAAGCGAAGAUGGAGUUCAUCUGGUCUGAACUUGCAGGCCUCCGGAGGGAAUAUGUUCCCGGCGAGUUCAGCCUCAGACGACGGGCUGCAAAAUGAAGAGUGUCAGGAAGACUGCGCGUGGACUCCUAAUCUUCAUUCCUGUUUCUGCGCGGUCAGGAAGCGCGCACAGAUGAUGCUGACCCCGAAUGUGUCAGAGAAAAUGUUCCUUUCAGCUCCAUCUGUUCAAUUCUACAGGAAAUGUAGCUUUAAAAUGAGUCAAAUUGACCUUUUUGGCCUUUUACUUGAAAUGCCUUAUUACUUCACCCGCUCACACAUCAAAGUCUCACUCUGCACUUUGAGAACUGAUUAAGGAAAAACCAUCAGGGCCGCACAGACAGGACCUCAGACGAUCCUCAUUUUCCGACCUCUCCUCCUCCCCUCCGGAUCGGCUCCUGCUGGCCCGGGGCCCCUCGUGAAGCCACUGCAGUGAGCUAUUUCUGGUCUCCGUGAGCACGGUUCCCCCUCUCCUGAGACAGUUUUCAUGGCCCACGUUCGACGCCUCUCCUCCUCUCCUUUCUCAUCGUCGCCUGCACACCUAUCCAGGAUGCUUUCCGCCUCUGGGGCUUCCCCUUCUUGCGCUCCGAUUGGCUCCAUGUGAGGCUCUGGCGCGGUGACGUCAUGCCCCACCGCCCCUGCAGCGCUGAAUGGACCAAGCAGCCUUCUGAUCCACUCCAAAAACAGCUCAGCACGGCGCGGCGCCGCACGGCACGGACAUCCCUCUGGAAACGGAGGAAUAAUAGGGAUUUGAGCCCACAGUGUGCAGGGUGGACACAGGCCUCAGCACCUUUUUUUGUUUUUAGCCCCCAUACAGGGCAGGCCGGAGGAGUGGCGCGCGCGUCUGUAUCCCGGUUUGGAUCACAAUGAUGCAAAGUGCGGCGGUCCUGCCGACAGAGAGUCCCGUGAAGAGUUUACCGGAGAUUCUCGGAGUGCCACUGCAACAGAUCCCUCAGUGCGCAGGCUGCAGUCAGCACAUCCUGGACAAGUUCAUCCUGAAGGUGCUGGACAGACACUGGCACUCCAAGUGCCUCAAAUGCGCAGACUGCCAGACUCCGCUUGCGGACAAAUGCUUCUCCCGCGCAGGCAGCGUCUACUGCAAAGAGGACUUCUUCAAGCGUUUUGGAACAAAAUGUGCAUCGUGCCAACAGGGCAUCCCUCCGACGCAGGUGGUGCGGAAGGCCCAGGACUUUGUGUACCACCUUCAUUGCUUCGCUUGCAUCAUGUGCAGCAGGCAACUCGCCACGGGGGACGAGUUUUACCUGAUGGAGGACGGUAGGCUGGUGUGCAAGGUGGAUUACGAAACCGCAAAACAAAACGACGAUUCCGAGGCAGGAACCAAGCGGCCCAGGACCACCAUCACAGCCAAGCAGCUGGAGACCCUCAAAAGUGCCUACAAGAACUCGCCAAAGCCAGCACGCCACGUCAGGGAACAGCUGUCCUCGGAGACGGGACUCGACAUGAGGGUGGUGCAGGUUUGGUUCCAGAACCGGCGAGCGAAGGAAAAGCGUCUUAAGAAAGACGCAGGACGCCAUCGCUGGACUCAGUUUUAUAAAAGUGUCAAGCGCAGCCGAGGAGGAGCCAAAGUGGAGAAGGAGAGCUCGGCGGAUGACGCAGGACUCAGCGACAGUGAACUCAGCUUCAGAGACGACCAAGUCCUGUCAGACCUGGGUCACACCAACGGGUUGUACGGGAGUGUGGGUGACGUGACCAGCGGCGGCGUCCUGAACGGAGGCUUCUCUGUGGACGCGGCGGGACAACCCUUCCAUGACAUCAGAGCGGGAAGCCCUUACGGUCUCCCACACUCUCCGUCCUCCAUCACCUCCCUGCCUGGCCACACCCCUCUCCUCAACAGCCUGGGCUUUAACAUGGACGCUCUCGUGGCGCAGGGGGGGCCGGGUGGCGUGGGACAGGCUCUGAGGGCCAUGGCAGGAGGCCCCACGUCAGACCUCUCCACAGGCAGCAGUACUGGAUACCCUGACUUUCCCACCAGCCCAGCAUCGUGGCUGGAUGAGAUGGACCAUUCCCAGUUUUGAGGCUUGAGACUAAAAAAAGUUCAAAUAAAAAAAUAAAAACCGCCAGGAGGAUCCACCUGGAGACAGAAGAUUUUCUAAAACCUUUCUUUGUAUUUCCCUCCAAGACUUUUGUGGCCAUGCUUGAAGAGGAGAACAGAGAAAAGUUUGGCUCCCGGUCCUUCAGUGAGGUAACAACGAGAUGUGCAAACCAGACAAAAGCAGCGAACAACACUUCCUCAGACUGUUCAGUCUCCACAACAUCAUUAGAUUUACCUGACAUCUCUUUUCUUCAUUUCAUUCAUUUCCCUUUGUGAGCAGCGGAAGCUCACAGGAAAAAUAAGAAAAUCAGACAACCAGUGUCCAAAAAAGACAAGAUUAGGGCUCCGAUCUGCUAUUGAGUUGGACUGCUGUUUGGUGAAUUCAGAGCCUUUUCAUUGGCAAUGCACUUUACUCUCCUCUUCUUAUUCUGAGGAGGGAGACAUAUGCACAAGGCAAAAACACAGUGUUUCAUGGAGAGAAAUGUGAAAGAGCUGUGGCACAAGUGUGACUUUUGAAACAUGUUGAUCUUUUUUUAAUCAUGAAACGCAGCGAAGCCGAAAGGAAGUAGAUGGUCAUCCCUACAAGGUCUCUGCAGAAAUCUGGGUCUGGGUUUGUUCAAGCAGACGGUAUAGUGUCGGUUAGAAAGCUGUUAGCACAUCAGAGCUCAUGGGUCACUUCCCUGCAACCACUAUGUUUAAAGUCCCACUCUGAUCAUCUUUUUAUCUAUUGUAAAAGCCUCCCAGUGCUCUUUCAAUUGUGAUCAUGCCAUUUUUUAAGGCAAAAUCAAAAGAACUAUUGUUUUCUAGGACAUAGUUUCUGCAGAACAGCAGUAGUUCUUUAGAAAUUUGCCUCUGAGUUGUGGGCAGGACCUUUGGUGCGGCCCCACUUCCCUUCCCCGUUGAACAGCGUGGCGGAGCAGGAAGCUUGCGGCCCCCCGCCCAUCGUGUUUUCUAAAACAGCAUUUUUUACGUCUGCUCCUGAUUCACAACAGUUUGAAGAAAGAAAUACUCAGAAAUACAACUCUAAGCUUAUUUUUCAUCGUCUAUCAUAAAAAAAAUGCAGCAAUAACCUGUUAGAAACACCCUUUUCAUCAGAGUGGGGAUGUAAAUGACGCAUCACCAUCUUUUCAGUGCAGAGGAGUGUGACUUUGAGAGUUUUCUGUUUACAUGGCUAAAAGUAAAUCUGACCACCAAGUGUCAGAAACAACAAAAGGAUUUGGUUCUGACUCUCUUCAGUCAGAGGCAGCCUUCUUUCAAAGAUCUUCUCAGUCCAGCAGCUCUGGCUUUGCCUGCAAUCAAUCUCCUUCCUGACCCCACAUGUGCUGUCUGUCUGCCCCCCCGCUGCCGUGUCAGAGGGAUUACUGCAUCCGGGCCUGAUCCGGGCCUGAUCCGGGCCUGAUCCGGGCCUGAUCCGGGCCUGAUCCGGGCCUGAUCCGGGCCUGAUCCGGGCCUGAUCCUUCAUGUGUGUUUCACAUUUAGAGCGCCAUCAACUGCACUUGGAGAUGAACACAACAGCUGAAACAAACAAAUCCUUCACUGUCACAGAUUCUUAUGAAGCGUUUGUUCUGGAAGUUUGAGAAAAGCAGCGAGUGUUUUCAUUUUUACAGGAAUUCAGUUCUUGUAAGUCAUCCCUCAGAGUUUACGUCACUUUUUCAUUAGCAGCUUGAAAAGACAUCAGAGUUAUUCUUUGUUAUAAAGAUUCAAGUUAAAAUGGAAAUUCUUAUUAUUUAGCCACAUAAACCUUCAUGGCAUGACCUAAAUAAAUAAGACACACUUUUUUGAUUCAGUACAACUUUAUUUUGAUCAGUAUUACACUGUGUCAACACUUUUUGCUUUGUAUUUACAAAAAAAACUCAAAAUGAAGACCAAAUUCAGAAAAAUGAUUAGAUUCUGGUACAAAAACUUCCCUUAGUUAUCAUUUUAUUGUUUGUGUUUCUUGGGUCACCGCUGUUGCUUACAUUCAUAAAGGACACACCAGGUAAAUAAAACCAGAUUGAUUUGAAUUGCAUCACAGAACCAGCUCAUUUUAUCAUCCAGCUCUUUUUUUCACUGUUGGUUCAGAAACAAACUGUCUCCAGGUUUUGCUUUGUUACAUCCGUGUUGCUGCAGCAUCGAAUGGUUGUAAAUUUUGUACAGUUUAAAAAAAAACGUGUUGAUUGUCUUGUUUCAUGAGUGCUAUUUAUUAUUGCCAUGUGUCUUUGAAAAAGAUGUAAAGAGAGCACUGAAUUUAUUCAUUUAUGCCUUCUGUGUAAUGUUAUGAACUAUGUACAGUCAAAUCUAUAUGAGGAAAAUAAAGCUGACAUGUCUUUGGGUUA